CUGCCACGUGCGAUGUACAUCGGUCCGUGGCAAGAGUACAAGCUCGCCAAGAUCCAAGAUGCAGCUGUCCAGAAGCUGCGGAAGGAAUGGGAAGACCAUCUGAAGUCCACCAUCAUCGGACAAGGCGACGAGGAAUGCAUCCGCCAAAUGAUGGAGCCAAUUCUGUCCAAGCUCCCUGCGAUGCUCUUAGCGAACCGAAGCAAAGAAGCCACUCCACCCGCUACACAUCGGAAGAGCAGGAGGUCGCUCCUCACAGGUCGCUCCAUCCCGAGCAACCAAGACCUGCCCAACCACGAGCCAGGCGAUGUUGUCGUAGCACCUACAAAGAAACAACCUCAUAAAGCACCUACGAAGAAGAAACCAAAGGCCCCCGUGAUCACAAGCAUCGAUGAGGUUGCAAGAAGAAAGCAGCGAUGGACUGCGCCUGCGUCGGUCCCUGUCGAACCCCCCCCCAACGCAACCACCUCCCGUCGAGAAGAGACCCGACUGCCGCCAGUGACACUCCCCGUGGCAGCAUCCCAUGCGAUUCCACUGGGACCUCCCGCAGCAUCCGUCCGCCCACCGCCGGUGCACUUACCGACGAUUGAGACGACCCUAUCAACCUCCGCACAGCCAGAGGUGGACGAAGAUUCCCUGGACGAAGACGAGUUGAACUCGUUUCUGCAUUGGACCGACCAGCUGAGUCACCCCGACGCAGAAUUAGACGAGUUUUUAAGCAAUGGUUAG